AUGGCCAACCAAUAUCGUCCCCCACAAAACCAACCCAUCUCGUCUGUCUUUGGCGAGGAAAACGGCGCCGCGAUGUUGCGUUCCUUCGAUAACGUGGUCAUUGACCAAGAUACACAACAGGACCAGUUGGAUCCGCAGAACUACGGCGCCAACAUCCCACCGGGCCAGUCUCCCAACUUCAGCAGCUUUUCAUUCAACACCUACAACAAUGCGUACCCGGACGCACUAGAAGAUAUGAAGGCUAUGGCUGGCCUUCCUGUGGCUCUGGUUCCGCUUCCCGACCACCUCUCGCCCAGAAACCCCGACUACGCCAACACUGCCCAAUUGCACGGUCAGGAUGCCGGCCAACUACUGUACAACGCCCCGUAUGACAUGGCCGAGAAUUCAUGGCAGCAACAGCAGCAGCAACAACAACAACAACAGCAGCAGAAAGCUGCUCAGAUGGACGACGACUUCCAAUACUCGUCAUUCCAACAACAGGAUCCCAACAUCAUUAAUAAUACCAACAACAACAAUAAUAAUGGCAACAAUAACAGCGUUGCAAUGGCGAAGGAGCAGAAGUUUGCCCAGCAGCUACGAAAGCUGCUGCGUGAAACCAAGUCGUUCUCUUACUCGGCUCCUUCGUCCGCCUCCGUCGCUUCGGCCCAAGUGAAGAAAGAGCCUACCGGAAUGAAGUUAGAAAGCCCCGGUGACAGUGACGACUUCUCUAAACGCGGCGGACGGACACGCUCGGCCCACAACAUAAUCGAGCAGCGAUACAGAAACAGAAUGAACGACAAGUUUACAGCGCUUCAGAACUGCGUGCCUACAUUGCGCGCUGCUGCCAAAAAGGGUUCGAAGCCUAGAAACGAGUAUGACGCCGACAUGGACAAAGAUCUGUACGGCAUGAGCGAUGGCGAACGGAACGACAAAGAGGACCUUGAGGGUUUGGCGCCCGCUACGAAACUUAAUAAAGCGACGAUUCUUACGAAAAGUGUGGAAUACAUCAAAUUUCUCGAGAAGAAAAACACCCGCAUGCGGUCCGAGCACCGCCAGCUCAUUGAGCGGGCGCAAAUGCUCGGCAUCUCGCUCAGCGACGAUUUGCUUCUAUCGGAUCCUCCGCACGAGAAUCCAGGCAACCGCAAUUAG